CAUGUGCAUAGCUUGUUAUUCCCAUAAGCUAUCUAUAUAUACAACGAAAUACAAAUAGAGGUUACGGCCAUGGCGAUCGUUGGCUUAUCAAAUGCGGGCGACCACCUGCUUGGCAAGAGAGCGGUCGGCGACGACGAUGAAGCUGCCGCAGCUGACUACCGCCUCAAAGGCGUCAGGCACCUCUCCGACGCCGGCAUUAGUAGGCUUCCUGGCAGGUACGUCCUGCCGGCCUCGGAUCGCCCCGGCCGGAGCGUUAGCGCGGGCACGAGGGUGAAGCUCCCCGUCGUGGACCUCGGGCGCCUCCGCGUGCCCUCAGAGCGAGCCGCCGUGUUGAAAACUCUCGAGGCCGCGUGCAGGGAGUUCGGCUUCUUCCAGGUGGUGAACCACGGCGUGGACGUCGACGGGGUGGUCGCCAGGAUGCUUGAUGUGGCUGCUCGGUUCUUCGAGCUUCCCUUCCAGGAGCGCGAGCGGUACAUGUCGGCUGAUGUCCGCGCGCCCGUUCGGUACGGUACGAGCUUCAACCAGGCAAACGACGCCGUCCUCUGCUGGCGCGACUUCCUCAAGCUCUCCUGCGCGCCGCCGCUGCAAGCCGUGGUGUCGUCGUGGCCCGACUCGCCGGCGGAGCUCAGGGAGGUGGCGGCUGAAUACGCCGCGGCGAACCGGCGGGUGUUCCUUGAGGUUGUGGAGGCGGCGCUGGAAGCCAUGGGUGUCGGAGGGGGUGACGGCGUGAUGGAGGAGCUGGCCACGGCUGGGUCGCACAUGAUGACGGUGAACUGCUACCCGGCGUGCCCGCAGCCAGAGCUGACGCUGGGGAUGCCGCCGCACUCCGACUACGGCUUCCUGACGCUUGUGCUCCAGGACGACGUCGAGGGCCUCCAGGUUAUGCACGGAGGUGAAUGGCUCACCGUUGACCCCGUCCCUGGUUCCUUCGUCGUCAACGUCGGCGACCAGUUCGAGAUAUACAGCAACGGCCGGUAUAAGAGCGUGCUACACCGGGUGCGCGUGAACUCGACGCGUCCGCGCAUCUCGGUGGCGUCGUUCCACAGCGUGGCGGCGGAGCGGGUGGUCGGCCCGGCAGCAGAGCUCCUCGACCAGGACCGCGGCGGGGAACCACGGCGGUAUAUGGACACCGACUUCGCCACCUUCCUGGCUUACCUCGUCUCCGCCGAGGGCAAGCACAAGACUUUCCUCCAGUCAAGGAGGCUGGCCUUCUCCUGACGUCCACUUUUGAUGCCUCAACAUCGAUUUGAUUGACCUUUGCGUGCAUGUUGUAUUUCCUUAGGAAAUCAAGGGUAAAAGCCAACACCCCCUGCUAGCUUGACCGGCCUUCUAUGUUUCCUGCUAGCUUGCCGUUGGCUUGUACAGUCCCUGGAGAUUUUUCUACGUGUAAUAUGAAUUAUGUGUCAUCGAAGAUGUACCGGAUGCACGCACAUGCAUGCUCUGCUUAUCUAGAUGUUAGUUUGGACCGAGUUA